AUUCGACAAAAAUAGCCCAUGGACGAAAGGAAUCUCAAAAAUGCACCAUCGGCGAAAGUAUUUCGCAGAAAUAACCCUCGCGUGCCGCGCCUGCAAGCACGGCGUUGCAACCGUCUGUGCCACGCCCUCCGGCCCGGCGCGGCAGGCGUGCCAGCGUGGCCUGGCGGGCCCCGGUGCGCGGUAGUGCAACGCCCCCGGACGAGGGCGCGGCACGUACACGUGCAACGCCGGCGCCGGUGGCGCGGCACUGGCGGACGCAUAAGGCCGCCCAGGCCCGCCCGACCCGGCCACUUCGUCCCUAUUCGCUAGGGUUCCUGACUCGGGAGGCUCCAGGCGGCGCGGGAGGCACCAGGCGGCGGCGUCGGCGUCGGCGGCGGCUGCUGUCCCCUCUGUCCCUCCUCCAACCCACCCUCUCUCCCUCCUCCAAUCCGGGAUCUUGCUCCCCACCUAUCUCCAAGGAUGUCGCUUCUCGAACCUCACUACGAUACUAGACACCGUGCGUACUUAAUGUCCGAGAAGAAGCAGGUCUUUGGACCCCUCCGACUUAGGUGUCACGAGGCCUCGUCCUUACAGAAGAUGCCAUACGAUGAGCGGUACACGGAGUACAUCGAGCCGCUAGGUCUACUUCCAUUCAUCCAUAUGGUGACCCGGCGGACACCGAGCAUGAACCCUUCCGCCAUCACUGCUCUUGUUGAUCGGUGGAGACCGGAGACGCAUAGUUUUCACCUCCGAACCGGUGAGAUGACCGUGACUUUGCAGGACAUGUCGAUGAUACUUGCACUCCCCAUUGAGGGGAAGCCACUAUGUAUCGACACAUCUUGUGAAGACUGGCGUGGCAAGAUGUUUGACCUUAUUGGCAAGGCUCCUGAUGAGAUUGUAAACAAGAGGGGUGAGAAAUUAAGGGUCUCCGCCGGGGCUACUUUCACUUGGAUCUCACAGAACUUCAAGACAUGCCCGGAGGGAGCCAGCCGUGAUGUGAUUAAGCUAUACGCACGUGUGUAUGUGUGGUAUGUUAUCACGAGAACUCUAUUUCCUGACUGCAGUGGGAAUACCGCUCAGUGGCACUGGUUGAAGGCGUUAACCAAAAUGGAGACUAAAUGGAGUUGGGGUUCGGCGGCAUUGGCCUUCUUGUACCGCCAGUUGGACGAAGCUUGUUGCAGGAUCGGUAAGGACGCUUGCAUUGGUGGUCCGUUGCUUCUUCUAUCGAUUUGGAGCUGGGAGCGCUUCCCUGUCGGAAGGCCUCGUGUUCUCCAUUACAAGAAUUACAAUGAUCACGGCAACCAGUUGCGGCGACCCACUUGGGCUUAUCAGUGGGACAUUGUCUCCGAGUUCAGUGACGACCCAAUAGCGGCCUAUCAGACGUACACCAACGAGUUUGAUAACCUAACACCGGAGCAGGUGAAUAUUUUCAUCCCAUAA